AUGGGGGAACUGCCACCAGCCAUCGUGAUCGAUAAUGGUUCUGGCCUGCUCAAAGCUGGGGUCGCCGGGGACAAGGAGCCGCGGGUCAUCUUCACCAACUUGGUCGGCCGCCCCAAGGCCAAGUCUGUGAUGCUGGGAGCCGGCCAGAAGGACUACUACAUUGGAGACGAAGCACAAGCCAAGCGAGGGAUCCUCUCCCUCAGAUAUCCAGUGGAACACGGAAUUGUCACCUCCUGGCCAGACAUGGAGAAAAUUUGGAAACAUGUGUAUGAGAAUGAACUGAAGCUCAAUGCCUGCAACAGACCUGCGUUGCUAACAGAGGCGCCGCUGAACCCGUUGGCCAACCGUGAACAAAUGACGCGACUGCUCUUUGAAAAGUUCGAGGUGCCGGCCCUCUACGUGGCCAUCCAAGCCGUACUAGCGCUCUAUGCGGCAGGUCUCACCACAGGCUGUGUGAUGGAUUCUGGCGAUGGGGUCACCCACACUGUCCCCAUAUUCGAAGGCUACUGCUUGCCCCAUGCCGUCCUCCGGCUAGACCUGGCGGGCCGGGAUCUCACUGAAUAUCUCAUGAGGAUCCUGCGAGAGAGUGGCAUUGCCUUAGUGAGCACAGCUGAGAGGGAAAUUGUGCGGAUCAUCAAGGAAGCCUUGUGCUACGUCUGCCUGAACCCAGAGGAAGAGAUGGCGAAAAAGCCGACGGCGAUAGAGAAGACUUGGAAGUUGCCCGAUGGGCAGAUCAUCAAGAUCCACAACCAAUUGUUCCGCUGUCCUGAGACGCUCUUCCGCCCAGCGAAUGUUGGCAUGGAAGCCCCUGGGAUUGACAAGCUCCUCUUCAAUACCAUCAUGAAGUGUGACAUCGACUUGAGGACCACUUUGUACGCCAAUGUGCUCCUCUCUGGGGGCUCCAGCCUCUUCCCUGGGAUUGGGGAGCGCUUAACCAAGGAGCUGAUCCGCAUGGCACCCAAGGACACCGAAGUGAUGGUCAAUGCCCCUCCCGACAGGAAGAUCUCGGUGUGGAUGGGCGGAUCCAUCCUGGCAUCCCUCUCUGCCUUCCAGGAGAUGUGGAUCUCCAAGGAAGAGUAUGCUGAAGUCGGGCCCAACAUAGUGCACAGGAAGUGCUUCUAG